AUGUAUUCCACUGCCUGGAUCCUGCUCAUCAUCUACGCUGUGAUACCAAUCGUUCCUUGUCGUGGGCAUGAGCCCAGAGGAGGCUUAGUUCGCAAGCGCGUCUUGGAAUACGAGCCUAGGGUUUUCGAGGGGAAGAAGGCUCGCAUGAGCACCAAUGACAUAGUGCACGAGCUGAAUAGGAGGAAACGAUUCGCCUUAGUCCUAGGUGACAGAGUCGACGCUUAUGAUCCGGACUUCUUGAGAGACCACGAGGCCCUCAUGGACGAGCUCACCUACCACACCACUGGGCUAGCCAAGAGCCUUGAGGCCUCGAGUAGAGCUAAGGCAAAGGAUAAAAAUGCCAAAUUUACUGACGACGAGAUGAGCUAUACUCUCGAAAAACGAGUCCCUCCAAAACUUUUGUUGGAAAGAAUCAAGGCAUUCAACAAGCUUAGCAAGGAGGAACAGGCCGAGCAGCUUGCACCGUGGAAGGCCGAGAGAAGGGAGAAGGAAGAGGCGAUCAUCGAGAGGAAGAAGAAGGACGACACCUUCAACGGAUUUGGUAACCCCCGGAAGCACAGAGUUGUCUCAGCUAGAUGA